AUGGGAAAUACUUGCUACCUUAAUUCGGUGAUUCAAUGCCUCCACAUGACGCCAUCUCUGACGGACCGCAUCCGAAAGCAUCUCACGCCAGAAACAAAAUUAUCAAAGAAAUACAUCAAACUUAUGGAUAAAAUGGAAAAAAAGGAACACAUGGUUCUCUGCCCUCAGGCCCUGCGAAGUGUCUUCGUUCAGCGGUGUCCCCAAUUCAAUUCAUUCUCGCAACAGGAUGCACAAGAGUUCCUCACCAUACUGAUUGAUUUACUGAAUGAAGAACUUAAGAAAAAAGCCACCUCAACACUUUCGCGUAAAAUUAGCGCUGCUCAACCUGGUGGAAUGCAUGGAACAUUCAGCCCACGACAGCGCGUAUCUGCAUCCUCUCAGGCGUGGGAAAAUUUUUGUCUAGAAAACGAUUCCCCUGUUACCAGUACCUUUUACGGGCUAUUCGAGUCUCGAUGUCAAUUUCGCGAUUGUGGACAUGAAUCGUCAGUUUUCGACCCAUUUUCCAGCCUCACCCUUCCUUUCCCGAUGGCUGAAACUCACUUAGUCACUAUCAAAGUCGUGCCUUUUUUUGGAGCAGUGCCGGAAAUUGUUCACGUGCAAACCAGUGGUCCCGAGGAAAGUAGUUAUGUCCGACAUGAGUUGAGUCGGAAAUAUAGUUGUCUCCCGACUCAGCUCUUUUUUUGCGUGCUUAGCAAAGGAGUGAUUAUGAAAUGUAGCAUCGAGCCCGAACUACCUGGCCCUACGUCUGAAUUAUGGGCCUUUAUCCUUUCACAACGUCCUCCAUUGAACCGUGAAAAGCUUACCUCUGUUCCAAGCAAAAUAUUGACAAUAGUCGCGCAAAACCGGGUAUUGUCGGUUCUCGCUCCAGUGCAUUUUUCCUUCAAGGUCCCAUUUGAGUACCCACUGUUCAAAGAAACCUCAGUUAAGCCGGAAUUGUUUGGAAUACCCAACGUCCUCCAGGUAUCUGCUAGCAGUACAAACAGGGAACUCUAUUGGCUGGUGGAAAGGUGCAUUCACCGGUUUCACCAGUCGAGCAGGAAGCCGGAGCUUCACGAGGGCUGCCGCAGGGCCGCGUCCAAGUGGCACACGCUCCAUCUGGACGGCAUUUACAGGCCCUCGUCCAGGCCGUGUUCUGCCUCAGAUUGGAGAAACGUGCUGCAUUGGUUAGGAAUCCGGCCUGUGCGAACUGCCAACGGCACUAAAUGUAUGCGUUUUGUAGUGUAUCAGACUCCGGGGAGUAUAUUUUUGAACUCAAGACCGUGUCAAGGCCUUGGUGGAUGUGCUCGCGGUGCCCGUGGUCCAAGUAUGCUGUCUCAUGAUUUUUUGUUGAAAACCUCGACUACUUUUUCCUCAUUGUUUCCUUUCAACAGAAUGUGCUAUGGCUGUUCUAUUCCCUGCGAUUCAAACAACCUAAGUCUCGUUCACUCUCGGGAUGGAUGCGUCUACCUUACCAUUGACUGGAAUUUGGCAGCCUAUGUUAAUGAGUACCAAUUAGCUCAGCAAAUGGUAAGCGUUUCCUAUUUUUCCUCUAAUCUGUUAAAAUAUGGUACUGCAGUGAGAAGACGUGACACCUUCGAGGAAGAUUUACCUCCCGCUAAAAGGCCAAUCCAGUUAACGAGCCUCCUCAACAACUUCUUCGGGGAAGAAUCUGUCCAGGAGGAGCAAGGUGUUGUUUGUGAGCCUUGUGGGUCGAAGAAAUCCUUUGCAAAAUCCAUCGCUAUAUGCAACCUGCCCGAUACACUGGUCAGCUACAGUUUUUUUGCUCAAGCGAAGCUUGCUUUCUUGCAUACGCAGCUUAUCUCCCUGAAGAGAUUCCAAGCAACACGUCAUGGUUGGAGGAAAUCCUCAAGGGAUGUUUGUUUUCCCCUGACGUCACUGGAUAUGCGCCCUUACCUCGCGACCGACAGCAGUGACAGUGACGACGCUGUGUACGACCUGUACGCCGUGGUAAAUCAUGUGGGCAACCUGGACGAGGGUCACUACUAUGCCUUUGUACGAAAUGAAGACGAGCGCUGGUUCCAAGUCAACGACACCGAGUGUUGUGUAAGCAAAUAA